AUUCAGAUCUAGUCUUGCAGGUGCUGUUCUAGCUGCUUUGAACUCAGGUGCUCUGGCUCCAGAGUCCAGGUCAGAUGCUAUGGCACGGAAUCUUCAUGGUCUUUAGACAGCAGUGUGGAUAGCAAGUUGGAGACGACCGUGUGUUAUCCUGUGUAUCAGCCAGGAGAGGUUAGGUUCUGCUGGUGUAACAAGCAACCCCACGAUGCCGGAAGCUAUAACAUCAAAGAUGUAUUCCUUGCUCACGCUAUCUGAGUCAGUUGCCUUUCCUCUCCAUGUCAUUUUAACCUGGGACCCAGGCUGAUGAAGAAGAUCCUAUUUAAAGAAUUGCUGGUUGUCAUGAUGGAGAAAAAAGAGAGCAUGGUGAUUAACACCACUGGACUGUGCAAUUAAAAAUGGUUAAGAAGGUAAAUUUAGUUAUGUAUAUUUUACUACAACAAAAUAUGAGAGAGAGAGAGAGAGAGAGAGAGAGAAUGGAAAACUAUUACACACUAGCAAGUCAUAUGACCUGCCAUCAAUGAGACAGGGGAGUAUAAUCUACCACAGGGAGGGUCCGUGAAUCUCUGGAAAUAUUAGUACAUUCUCCCAGACCCUACUUGGAUGCAAGAGCAAGCUUUUGGCUAUCUAUUCCUCUUAGAAUUGGGGAAGGGGGGCAGCUGCAAGGUAGAGUGAGCCUUCUCUGGCUCUCUUGAUGUUGAUGGCAAUUAGUGGUGGGGACGAUGGGCAUUAGAGGGAAUCAGAAGACCUAGAUAGCUCUCUUUCAGCAUCAGCCAAGUUUUGUAUCUUCUCUGAGCCUCAGAGUCCUCAUCUGAAAAAGAGGAGAUUGGACUAGACGAGUGCUAAGUCUGGUGUUGGCUGGAGCUGAUUGCAACUAUGUGAAGAGCCAAGAUCUGUCAGGGGAAUGACUCAUGGUUUGCCCUGAGAUAGCAGAGUACAAUGUGAAAUAGCAGGAACUCUUCUCCAGGCCCUCACCAGCACAUGACCCUAAAGUCUCCACCUGUUUUCAUAUCUUGGCUUACUUUUCCCCCAGCUUGGUAUUCCCUCUUCUUUAUUCUCUGCUUCCUUAAAAUCUGUUUGUAUCCCUCCUUAGAGAAAUUCUACUCUCCCAUGGCAGGGAGAGUGUCUCACAGUCUUCUGGUUCACGCACUCAUGUCUUAUCUUCCCAACUGUCUAUAACCUUCCUGAAGUUUACAUCUAAGUUUUGUACUUUUUUUCUUGAGCUCCUUCUACCCUGCUUCUUCCCCACCUCCUACCAUAUCUUUCACAGAGCUGGACUCAAUUGCAGUUUUUAAAGCACCAACUAUGGUUUGCAUACAUUACCUCAUUUGGGUCUCAUAACAUUACCCUAAAGAAGAUAUUAUUUCCCUCAUGAUAACAUCCAACUCAUAGCUCUUUUGUCAAUCCAGUGAAAUGUAAAAUAUUUAGUGCCAUGUUUGGUAUGUAGUGAAUGAUCAAUAAGUAGCAGCUACUGCUAUUAUUGUUACUACACUGAUGAAAACAUUGAGGUUUGGAAAGGCCAAAUCAUGAGCACCUAUUGCACAGUCAGGGGCUGAGUUUGAAUUCAGAUUCUUUUGAUUCCAAAAUCCAGUGACUUUAUUUCUGUUCUAGCCCUCCUGGGUAUAUGUUGGAUUGACCUUCCCCACUCUGUGCAAGGUAGUAUGACCAUGAAUCCUUGCUUUGGUAAGAGGUGACAUUUGUCACACUCUGCUGCCCCCAUGAAGCAUGGACAUUCAGUUCUCAGAAUCAAAGGAGAAAGCAUUAGUGAUGGGCUUCACUGUAGGGCUCAAGUAACAUGAACACUGAUGUCUGUGUGUUUAUUGUUUCAGGAAGCUUUUCCAUCCCCUCAACAAUGGCAAUCUCUCCUGUCAUUAUCAUCACAGGGCACACACUAAACCAUUCACAGCUCUGAUUCUCCACAGUUUACAAAGCACUUUGUCAGCCAUGUGGUGUCUCUUUGCUCUGCCCAAGUCUCCUGCGAAGCGUGUGCUUCUCCCUGCACAGUGCCGCUGAGUGCUGCUGCCUGGCCAGGGAAAAGGGAGAAGCCCCUUUCCCACAGUGCCAAAUGUCCAACACCAUGAAGGGCUUCCUCUUUGCUGGUAUCAUCGUCAUGCUCACGGUUGCAGCUGUAGAAUCCUUGAGUUGUGUGCAGUGUAAUUCGUUGACAGACUCCUGUGUUGACAGAAAUGCCACUGAGUGUCCCACAAAUGCCAGUAUCAGCUGUACCAAUUUCUUGAUGAACUUUUCUCUAGGAGAAAACAUCACAUUGUACGAGGAUAAGGCCUGCUCUGUGGAUAAUUGCAGCGAGGGCAUGGUUGAGACCUUCACAGUCCACGUAUCUGCUAAUGAAAGCUUUCAUUUUGCAAGCCAGUGUUGCCAAGGAAAGGCGUGCAAUGACACCAAUGACACCAUAGAUCCCCCACAGGAAGAGGUGUCCAGCAACACAGAGUGCCUUGCAUGUUAUGGAUCUAAUGAAACUUCCUGUAAUGAGACAAUCUGGAAAUGUUAUAAAGAAGAAAGAUGUGUCAAUCUAAUCGUAGAAUUUAAGAAUGAGAUGAAGCUCGUGCUGAAAGGCUGCUCCAAUGUCAGCAACUCCACCUGUGAGUUCCUGGCUACUGAAAAUUGGACGGUUGGAGGAGUCACUUUCCUAAAGUUUGAGUGUGGAGACAGCUCCGAUGCCUCCUCAACACCCACUCCCACUACCCUGAGCACUACCCCUGACACUGGCUCUACAGUCUUCUUCACACCCUUGACCCUUGCCAGCCUUCUCCUGCUGGGGUUCCUGCUCUGAGAUCUGUACCCUCAAACCCUCCCCUCCCCUGU